CUAGUGCAUGUGCGCGUGCACUGAGGCGGAGCAUAGAGGCGGAGUGGAGAGUAGUGAUGUCGGAGGAGGUUGGGAGGAAAGUGCAGGCGGUGGUGGACCGGGUGAAUCAAGCGGUUUCCCGGCGCCCGAAGACGUUACCAUGUAUAACCCCUCGUCUGGUAGCGGUUAGUAAGACUAAACCACCAGAGAUGGUGGUGGAGGCUUACAAACAUGGACAACGAAACUUUGGAGAGAAUUAUGUAAAUGAACUUGUUGAGAAAGCUUCCCAUCCCCUGGUUGUCUCAUCAUGUCCUGAAAUUAAAUGGCAUUUCAUCGGUCAUCUGCAAAAGAAUAAUGCCAACAAACUGUUGGGUGUCCCAAACCUGUAUAUGGUAGAGACGAUAGACUCUGUGAAACUGGCUGAAAGAGUCAACAGCUCUUGGCAAAAAAUGAGAGCCGCAAACACACAGCGGUUAAAGAUUAUGGUUCAGAUCAACACCAGCGGAGAGCAAAGUAAACAUGGCCUGCCUCCCGAUGAGACUGUAAACCUGGUAAAACACAUUGUGUCUCAGUGUCCUGCUCUUGACUUCGCCGGGCUCAUGACGAUCGGCCGUUACGGUUACGACCUCAGCGAAGGCCCCAACCCUGAUUUCCAGAUGCUGGUGGAACGUCGUGAGGAAGUCUGUGAAAGUCUGCAGAUCCCAGUAGAGCAGGUUGAGCUCAGUAUGGGCAUGUCUACUGACUUUGAACAUGCGAUCGAGGUUGGCUCUACAAAUGUGCGUGUCGGCAGCACUAUUUUCGGCACCCGAGAAUACCCCAACACCCCUAGUCCCAGUCCGGAGAGAAAGCCAAAGGUCGUCUGUGAGGAAGCAGCCAGAAAAAUGGACCGGCUCACGGUCACAAAGCAAUGAAUGAUGGGGGAAAAGGUUACUGAGCUAAAUGUGGGACCUCUUGGGUUUCUUCCCAAUGACUGGGCUCACCAUUCACCAGUCAAGGGCCUUUAAUAUGUCGUAACUAACACUGCUGACCUGGUCUUCUGUGGCUAAAGAACUAGAAAGAAGUGUGAUUUAAUAACUGGAUUACUACAUUUACUUCCUGAAGGUGUUUUUAUUGUCGAAAGCUCUCCAGAAGUGUCCUCCAGCCAUCUGUAAAUUAUUUAAGCUUGGUUUUGCGAUCAUUUUUAUAACAGAUACAGGGUCAGCACAUGCUCAGUUUGGUAGAUGUGAGGUAUAAUUUGUCUUUUCUGUUAGAUUAGAUGUUAGUAACCCAUUUUAGCAUCUAAUUAACACAAUAGGAUGUAUUAUUUUUUCUAGCUUUCUAGAAGUGUGUAGGUGUAGUUUAUAGUGUGUUUUGUUCACAAUCAUAAAUGUAAAUGAUAUAAAUAGCAAAUUUAUAGUAUUGCUUCAAUAUCUACCUGUUGCAGUGAAAACUGUGUCAGGACUGAUGUGUGUGUGUGUGUGGUGUUGUCAUCAAUUCCUGUAGGAUUUCAUAUCACCCAAAACACUGGCGUUGAAUUUAGCAUUGAUCAACAGUCACACUGGUUUCAGUACAGAACACAGAAAUAAAGGUGCUAUUAAUACAGA